GCCUGGCCUCUGAGCUUCUCCAGGCUGGAGCUGGACUGCCCCAGCUCUGCCUUCCCUGCGAUCUGGGAACUGGGAAAUGGCACAGGGUCUCCUGGGAGCCCGGCCCCGAAGGCACUGAAUCCUCAAGCAUUACUGGAAUGAGGUGACCCUGGGUACAGUUGGGUUGGCAGGAGUGGCCGUGGGACCAACUGGCAGUGAGUUAACUCCAGCAGCUGUCUCUGCAAGGAAAAACUUCCCCCCUAAAUGCCUGGCCUUCCGCCAGGGCCAAGCACAGGGGCUGAAACUGGAAGUUCAGGCGUGUGGCUACAUCUGCCUCUGUGGUGAGCGCUGGAGGAGGGCAGUGGCCCUGCCGCUGCUGUCUUGUUCAUCCAUCCAUAACCCCAUCUGUCUGGUUGGCUGCUCGCUGUUCAUCUUUAAACCCAUCUUUCCACCUAUCUGUUAGCCCAUCUCUGUCCAAAUAUCUGUCUGACCAUCCUGUUUGUCCAGCUGUCUGACCUGAAUGUCUUUUGUUUGUUUUUGUUUUGUUUUGUUUUUUUGGUACCAGGGAUCAAACUUGGGUCCUUGUGCUUGCACGGCAAGCAUUGGCACCACUGAGCUAAAUCCCCGGCUGACCUGAAUGUCAAUCCAUUUGUCUGUCCCUGGCCCCACCAGUUUUUCUGUUUGUCCAAUCAUCUAUGAGUCCUUCUGCACAUCUUCCUGUCCAUCCAUCUGCCUGUCCAUCUGUCCCUCUAUCUGUCUACUGGCCUGUCUGCACACCCAGCUCCGUCCUCCUCCUGGGCCACUGAGCCAUGGCUGGGGGCAACAGGUCCACAGUCAGCCUGGUCCUGCUGGGGCUGGGGCUAGCGCUGGCGGUCACUGUGCUGGCCGUGGUCCUCUCUCGCCACCAUACCCCCUGCAGUCCCCAAGCCUUUGCCCAUGCUGGUGUAGCUGCCGACUCCAAGGUCUGCUCAGACAUUGGACGAGCCAUCCUCCAGCAGCAGGGCUCACCUGUGGAUGCCACCAUUGCAGCCCUGGUCUGCACUGGUGUUAUCAACCCUCAGAGCAUGGGCCUGGGAGGAGGUGUCAUCUUCACCAUCUACAAUGCUACAACAGGGAAGGUGGAGAUCAUCAAUGCCCGGGAGACUGUGCCUGCCAGCUAUGCCCAGGGCCUCCUGGACCAGUGUGAACGUGCCCUACCCCUGGGCACAGGGGCCCAGUGGAUUGGAGUGCCCGGGGAGCUCAGUGGCUAUGCUGAGGCCCACCGCCGCCAUGGCCGCCUGCCCUGGGCGCAGCUGUUCCAGCCCACCAUCACACUGCUCCGAGGGGACUUCCGCAUGCCCUCCAUCCUCAGCCAGUUCCUCAACAGCGGGUUCCUGCGGCCUUUCUUACACAACUCAACUCUGAGGGAGCUUUUCUUCAAUGGGACUGAACCUCUAAGACCUCAGGACCCAUUCCCAUGGCCUGUGCUGGCCACCACCCUGGAGGCUGUGGCCACAGAGGGCGCGAAGACCUUCUACACUGGGAGGCUGGGCCAGAUGCUGGUGGAUGACAUUGCCAAAGAAGGGAGCCAGCUGACCCUGCAGGACCUGGCUACCUUCCAGCCGGAGGUGGUGGAUGCCCUGGAAAUGCCCCUAGGAAACUACACUCUGUACUCACCACCACCACCUGCAGGGGGCGCCAUUCUCAGCUUCAUCCUUAAUGUACUGAGAGGGUUCAACUUCUCAGCAGAGUCAGUGGCCCAGCCUGAAGGGAGAACGAGCAUGUACCAUCACCUUGUGGAGACACUCAAGUUUGCUGGGGGACAGAGGUGGCGGCUGUGGGACCCUCGAAGCCACCCAGAGGUCCAGAACGCCUCCCAGGAACUGCUGGGGGAAGCUCUGGCCCAGCACAUCCGCCAGCAGAUCGAUGACCACGGUGAACACCAGCACAGCCACUACAACCUGGCCGGGGCCUGGGGCCACAGGAUGGGUACUUCUCACGUGUCUGUGCUGGGAGAAGACGGCAGUGCUGUGGCUGCCACCAGCACCAUCAACACACCCUUUGGAGCAAUGGUGUACUCACCUCGAACAGGCAUUCUCCUCAACAAUGAGCUGCUAGACUUAUGCUGGAGACGCAGGUCAAGCUCCAGCCGCAUGCCCCCACCAGUUGUAGGUGAGCGGCCACCGUCAUCCAUGGUACCUUCCAUCUUGGUCAACAAAGCCCGGGGGUCAAAGCUGGUGAUCGGCGGGGCUGGUGGGGAGCUCAUCAUCUCUGCUGUGGUCCAGACCAUCGUGAACAAGCUGUGGCUUGGCUUGGACCUGGCAGCCGCCAUUGCGGCCCCUGUUCUGCAUGUCAACAGCAAGGGUAGUGUGGAAUACGAGGCCAACUUCAGCCAGGAGGUGCAGAAGGGGCUCCAAGACCGUGGCCAGAAACAAACCCAGCAGCAAUUUUUCCUGAAUGUGGUCCAGGCUGUGUCCCAGGAGGGGCCCUGUGUGUAUGCGGAGUCUGACUUGAGGAAGAAUGGGGUGGCUGCAGGCUACUGAGGAAACAGCUUGGCCCAGAUCCAGGAUAAAGCCAUGCUAUAAGUCCUGAUUCCCAGCUCCAUGAUGGGACCAACUGCUCUGGCAGGAUCUGGACUCUUGGCUGAGACUGAAGGAAGCCGAGUCCAGAGGGACAGGAUUAUGACUGGAAGGGCCUGAGCCUCAUCCCUGACCCCACAGCCUCUUGUGGCCCUGCUCUGGCUCCUUCCCCUGGCUUCCUGCCCACCUUCCCAAUCUUUAUCCACCAGGCUAAGAUUAAAGAGGAGCCAACUACA